UCAGUAAUUUCACUUUACUUCCGAGUGCAAAUUCCCGGUAUUUCUCCUUUUAUUUAAAUCGGUUUCAAUUUUCACGGCGAUCGCUUCUUUUGCAUACCGCUGCUCCUGGAAUUUUUAAUAUAUAGGGAGGACAUAGUACAUAACCUAGUAUUUUAGACAUGAUUUAGUCUGCGAAGAUGGACGGUUUCGUGGAAAUUUUGAGCGAUUCGUCGGAUUCCAGCAAAACCGUGGACAUUGACGACGAAGUGAUUAGUAAAUUUGUAUCGCCUUUUAGCGAAACACAGCAAGCGGCGGGUUCCCAUAUCAAAGACAAGAGGUUUUAUGAAUUGGACCUCUCCGAUGACGAUUUUAUAUACGAGCCAGUCGAAAGCGAAGUUAAGGAAGACGUUCGAUCGGAGUUUGCUAUCGACGACUUUACCGAUAAUGUGGAUGACGUGUUGAAUAGGUCAAGUCGCACCAAUUCUCAGCAUUCUUCGAAUGGAGGUGGUAGUCAACAUGAGUACUGCGGUGCAGGCGUGGAAAACAACUUGAGUUCGCAACAGAUUUCAAGUAUGGAAUCUAAAAUGUGGUGUGUUACAAAACAAGGUAUUCUUUUAGAACCUCGAAAGAAAAAUAGAAAGAAACUGGCCUCGCUUGAGAAGGGAAGGCUAUUAGCAGAAAAGGAGUUGCGAAAGGCGGAAAAAAUUAAAGAAAGAGAACGAAAAAAAGAGCAAAAGGAACAAGAGCGGGCAAUGAAAAAAGCUGCAAGAGUGAUAGAAACAUGCAUUAAACCCGAUCAAUGUGGCCAGUACAUUACGGCCGAGAUAGAUGAAAAUUUAUCAAAGAAAAGUUAUGGACCUGCUAUUGUAGCCGCUUUGACCACUGGUGGGUAUAAAUAUGUUAUUGACAGACAAUCAGUUCCAAACGGUAUUAGGUGGAUUAGAAACGUACCGGGGUUAAAUGAUUCUGUUCAAAAUGAAAAAUAUUAUCUUCUCGUGCUUGACCUGUCGGAAUUUUUGGAAUUGGUAGUGGACCGGACUUUGGUUGGUCAUGUCCACUCUCUUUUGGCUCUCCCUAAUAUAAGGCACGUCACUAUUGCUGUGCUCAACCUGGAUAAGUAUUACUCACAGCUCAAAGCUGAGCAGAAUCGGGAGUUUAAAGCAGCCAUUUUGGGAUCCCAGACGAUCCGCAAUCCAGUGUUGCCCCAGGUUAAUCGUAAGGACUUGGAGCUGGCGUUGGUCGAGUUGCAAGUGUUGUGCCGAAACUGUUACUUUAAAUCAGUAAACAGUUAUGAGGAGCUAGGCAUUUUCGUCGCAGAAUGUACCAAAGCGGUCUCGCAAGCGCCUUACAAGGCCGAAAAGGCACGAAAGAUACAACAGGAGGAUGAGUUUUUGGAAGGUCACAAUAGAGACUGCGUCAAGGUGGACGCGAACGGGAACGGUUUAAGGAGGCUGUGGGGUCAAGUGUUGAAAAUGUUCCCGUUGGCGAGUUUGGAAACAUCAGAAGCCAUCAUGUCCCAUUAUCCGACACUGAACUCUUUGUUGAAGGCAUACGAGAGUUGCGAAACGCGCGAGGCCAAGGAGAAGUUGCUUCAAGAUAUUCCUGUUCGUCGCAAUGCUGGUUCUAUAACAGCGGCCAGAAAAAUUGGUCCAGAGUUGAGCAGAAGAGCAUAUAUCUUUUUCUGUCACGAAAGUAAUCUGGAAAUAUGAAU